AGACAGACCAACAAAUAGGUGGGCGGGUAGGUACCGAUCGAGACAGCAGUAGUACAAGCUUGCAAAGCAAAACCAAAGGACACUGAGCGCUUUCUAUUUGGCCCUGGUCCAUCGCCCAUGGAAGGUCUCAAUACUGGGACGUUUCAAGUGUACAUUGAGCGUCUCAUCAGUGAGGACUCCUUCCAAGAGAUCAGGCACCCUGAGCUGCGACCGGCCGGCCAAAGCUCGUGCUUGCUUCACACAAUCGCGCCGACCACAGGCGGGGGUGGCACGGGCAACACCGACGCGCCGACCACGGCCAGGGGUGGCACGGACAACACCGACCCGCGGCUGUCGCGACUUGAGCUGGCUGCCUUCAAACGGAACUCCUGUUUGAAGUGCGCGCAGGUGAUUUACAAUGAUUUUGUGAAACAAGAAGCAGCGACAGCACUAGCGUGGGAAGCGGGGGCGGCAGCGAGGGAAGCGGCGGCGGCAGCGGCAGCGAGGGAUGCGCCGGAGUCCUCGACGGCCGCGACCAGGAGAGGACUGGAGGAAGCGGGGGGGCAUGUGAAUCGGGUCGCCCCUGGAGUGAUAGGGGCAGGAAGCCCGGCAUCCUACAAGUCCGGCGACACGUCACUGCACUAUGUUGCCAGGUCCGGGAACUUGAGUCUGCUCUGCAGUCUCAUCGCUUUGGCCGCCAAGGAUAAUGGCCAUGAGGGGGUGAUUGCUUUUGUGGGAAAGCCCAACGCUCUUGGGGAGACGGUCUUGCACGAGACAAUCAUGUUAGGAAACAAGGACAUGGUUGAGCUGCUGCUGUGGGUGGAUCCAAAGCUGGCGGCGAAGCUUACUGGUGAUGGCACGUCGCCACUGUAUCUAGCCGUCACCUUGGGACACGAGGACAUUGUACGAAUGAUGACGACCACUCAACUGAAUGACAAUAUUCGCUGUUACGGGCCACUUGAUCAAAAUGUCCUGCAUGCUGCGGUUUUCCAUGGCAGAGCUAUGACAGAACUUAUACUGGAUUGGAGCCGGGGAAGAGAUCUUAUCGCAGAAACAGACGACAAUGGCAGCACCCCUCUUCAUUUUAUCGUAUCAGAGCUAGUUCAACACUUCCGCGUCUGGGGUGUUCGCUUAUGGGUAAAAUGGUGGGUUCCAGAACUUCCACCACGGACUAUGUCUAAACUUAGUCACCCAUCUGCAGCGUACACGAAGGAUAAGCAAGGUUUGUACCCAGUGCACGUCGCUGCCAAGAUGGGUAGAAAGGACGCCAUCGACAUUAUGUUGAAGAAAUGCCCUGAUUGCGUGUUCCUCCGUGACGAUGGCUUCGGAAGAACCUUCCUGCAUUUUGCUGUCCAGUACAAGAGCAAGAGUGUGGUAAGAUAUGCUUGUGCAACCUCAGCUGCUGCAUCGAUACUGAACGCUCGGGACAUAACAGGCGACACCGCAUUACACCAAGCUGUUGCGUUUGGCAAUCUGCCGAUUUUCUAUGCUCUCAUGCUGAAGAAAGAAGUAUCCUUAAAUUUGAGGAACAAGAGAAAUCAAACUCCAUUAGAUAUUGCAAGGUCCAUGAUGAGCAGACGAUGGAUGCCAGAGAACCAGAACCCAGAGAACCAGAACCCAGAGAGCCAGAACCCAGAGAACCUGAUAUACCGCAUACUCGAAAAUGCUGGCGGCAAGAACUCUAGCGCACGCUGGGAUCUUUUUAUCAAUAUGAGCAGACCGAAACCUGCAGAAUUCAGGGAAAGAAGUUACGUCGAAUUUAAAGAUGAAGAUGAAGAAAUAAGGGCUCCUAAACUGACAGAUUCCGCUCGGUCACUUGGCAUUUGCUCCGCACUCAUCGCAUCGGUGACAUUCAGUGUAACCUUCGCCAUACUUUCAGGGCUCAAAUCAGCCGACGGAAACAAAGCUGGCACGCCACCAAUCUUUGGUACUUGGUAUUUCAAUGCAUUCAUGAUGUCCAACACAUUGGCCUUCAUCUACUCCUUAACAGCUACAGUUAAUGUUAUGUACUCUGGCAUGUCCGUGUUUACAACGGAAAUGCGCCACCGUCACGUCCAGGCAUCUGCUUACUUAGUCACACUCUCGCUGACUUGCUUGACUGCCGCCUUUGCACUUGGGUUGUAUACGGUGCGGGCUCCACUUGGUCAUUGGGCCACCGUCGUUUUUUCAUCAUUUGUCCUCAUUGCUGCUGUGCCGUUGACCCGAGGUAUGAAAUUUGAAAACUUUGCUAUUGCUACAAGAAUACUGAUUGCCAGACGGGGUUACAAGUUUGCAUUUGGGCUCUUAUUGUGGGAUUUCAUUGGACGUGCACUUGUAGACUUUUGGCCUGUUAUACCCAUCGCCGGUUGGGCAGUGUGCAGUAUACACCUUGUAAAAGCACAGGCUUGAAGAAGCUAGUGGCAUAUGUCAGCAACAGGUGCUUCUUUGCCGGCAAUUUGUACCCAGAAUAAGCAGCUUUACUGCAUCUUUCAAUCAGUGUACUCGGUCAUAUAUUUAUGUAAUACAUGUAUUUCACUACAAGGGUUUAUUCAGACAAGUGUUAUUUCGACAGUUCAAUCUAUUUUCACAUGA